ACUCGACGGUUCUCUCGCCCUCUCUCUCUCUCUCUCUCUCUCUCUCUCACUUGACCCUAAAAGAAGAGCCAUGCGAUCGAGGAAUUUCAAUCGUCUUCUUAUCUCCGCUCAUGAAUUCCUUCUUCCCCCUGAAGCUACUUUCUCUUUCCUCUGGCAAAGGGUGAUUCCAUUUCCCCACUCUUCUCUCUCUACACCAUUGCCUUCAUCUCCUCAUUCUCUCUCUUCCCAUACGAAUUUCAGCACAUUGUCAAGAGCUCCAUCCCCUCUUUCUCUCUCUUCACCAUCUCCCCCUUCACCCCAUUCUCCCUCUAACUACACGAACCUCAGCACAAUUCCCAAUAGGCCCCUUAGAGGAAACCCAAUUGAAAACAGCGAGGAAGCCAUUAACAAAUUCGAGCUCGAUGACAAUGGCAACAUGGUUCGAACCAGAGCUAGAGGUGAAGAAGCAAUUAACAAAGACCUUCCUCUUGCUGAAACCCCAAAACUUGAAGAACUUAAACAAGAACAAACCCAAGAUUCAGAAGAAAUAUUCAAGAAAAUGAAGGAAACUGGUAUGAUACCCAACGCAGUUGCCAUGCUUGAUGGUCUCUGUAAGGAUGGGUUGGUUCAAGAAGCCAUGAAGCUCUUUGGAACCAUGAGAGAGAAAGGAACAAUCCCUGAAAUCGUGAUUUACACUGCAGUGGUCGAUGCCUUCUGUAAAUCUGGUAAAUUCGAGGAUGCCAUUAGAGUUUUUAGGAAAAUGCAGAAGAAUGGAAUAACCCCUAAUGCUUACAGCUAUACAAUGAUAAUUCAGGGUUUAUGCAAAGGUGGGUUAUUGGAAGAUGGGGCUAAGAUUUGUUUGGAGAUGGUAGAGAGUGGUUGGAGCCCAAAUGUUCAGACUUUUGUGAUGUUGGUUGAUGGGUUUUGUAAGGAGAAUAUGAUCGAAGACGUGGAGAAAUUGAUAGCGGGGUUGAGAGAGAAAGGGUAUGCUACUGAUGAGAGAGUAGUGAGAGAGUACUUAGACAAGAAGGGAUCUUUUUCGCGUAAAGUUUGGGAGGUUAUUUUUGGGAACAGAAAGCAUCAGAGAAAAAUUUAAUGGCUGAAAAAUUAUCUCUUUUAUUGCAAGGAUGGUUGAGGAUUGUAGCUAAAGGUGAGAAUUUUAGGUACAUUCUAACUUGAUUUCUAGUCCCUUUUGUUUUUAUAUACUGUGGCAGUGGGUCGCUCUAGUAUUUGAGUUUGAUGUAUAUUUUCUCUCACUCUGUAGCCUUUGGUAGCAUUGUUCCAAUAGAAGACAAACUUUUGAAUUGAAUGCACUUGGACCUGAUGUGCUUAUCUCGAAUGGAUUGGAUUGAUUAGUCUUCUUA